CCCCAAGGAGAGGACGUAAACCACAGCUGGGUGGGAAUAGUCCAGCUGAUGUUCCAAGUCGGCAACUGCCUGUGGCUCCUGCCCUGCCAGCCCUGUCGAUCGCAGAGUGUGAUUGCGGUUGAAGGUCCGCAGCUGGAGGCCAUGGCAUGGGGCAAUGGAGGCCAGAAGCACGGAGGAAUCGGAUCAGGGCACAAGUACACAAAGCAGGACGACCGCACUAAGCAAUGGAGACUACCAGCCAGAUCGCUCGCGUGACGCUUGGGUGCAUGCGUCACUAGACCGAGCCACUGCCAUGAAUGAGAAGGUCAUGCAACGUCAGGCUGAACGAGCUCAGAAGGCGGAGCAGAAGGCGGAGCGGAAAAGCUUCCGGGCGUCAGUGACGGACUGACAUGCUCGGCAUCAAGAGCAGCAAGCCAGAGAAGAAGAGUGAGGAAGUGCGACGUCCCAUCAAUGUAAAGGCCGGCAAAUCAAUUACACCGUUUAGUUUCUUGAAGUUUGCAAGAGGUCGUCUGUUGAAACCCACCGUAAGCAACGAGUCAAGCAGUAAUCAGAGUAGCAGUGGAAGUUCAGAGGAAUCGAUGACCAUCAGCUUCAAAGACUUUCGCAAAGCGUGGGCAAACAUGCGCAAAAACAACUCGCCAAAGCAAGAUAAGACGACAGAGCAGUUGAAGAUGAUGAUCCCGAUGAUGCAGCAGAUGAUGGGCCAGAGCAAGGGUGGCGGCUUCGGGGACCAGGACGAGAUAAUGAAACUCAUGCAAGGUGAAGACCCCGAGAAGGAGGAGAUGACCAACAUGAUGCAGACCAUGCUGCAGAACAUGCUGAAGAUGAAAAACAAGAAAACUCAAAGAAACAAUGCUAUGUAUAACAUGAUGCAGAUGAUGAUCCAAGCCAUGAGCGGCAGCAGCGGGUCAGCGGAAGAAAGCCCAAUGACGCAAAUGAUGCGAGCAAUGACCCACACGAAAGCGCAGACCAAGCCGAAGAAAUUGAUCUUGGAAGCUGCGCCGGUGGACGGAGACCACCCAAAGACGGACGUACCGCAGGAGAUCAAGGAUGCCGCGAAGAAGUUCGUUCCCUCCAUCGUCCUUGACAGCAUGUCAGAAGACCGGGAAAAAUGGAUCAAGGAAUUCUUUGCCAUGGAAGGUGCAACGCAGGCCAAAUUGAACGAGCUCCUAACCCUCAACUCGCUGAGCGCAACAAUGGGCCUGGACAAGGCCACCAAGGUCCGGCAGCUGAUCGCAGCAGUGGAACCAUGAAGCCGCAAUGAUUAUGAAGACGCUCCUGGGAUGCCUGCGGCGCCGGUGCCGCAAAACAGUGAGGUUCACAGCAGUGAUUUGGCUUCCUCGCGCGUUCGCGUGCGAUGCGCUGAUGGCGCUCUUCCGUAUAAUCCCGUGGUUGCCAGAGUACGGGGUUCGAGCUAUCGCGUUUUUGCUGUGCAUCUCGCAUGUGUUGCUGCCCUAUACGUAUGGGCGGGUGCAGCAGCAGCAACAGCAGCGACAUGUUUAUGCUCCUCCCAGUCCUUCUUCUUGGAAAUCGUGCCAGUCACGACGCUAAGCGUAGAAGUGCACUCUGACGUCAUAAGUCUGGGCAGCCUGUUCUUCAUGCGCGUCGGUAUACUCUUUGGCCAGUUCUUCCUUUGCCUGCCAGUUCUCUCUUCCUGCUUAUUGUGCUUCUUCUUCUUCGGACUUCUAUGACAUGCCGGAAGGCGUGUAGGCCCCAAGGUGAGGACGCUAACCACAGUUGGAUGGGAAUAGUCCGGCUGCCGUUCCAAGUCGGCAAGGGCACCGCACGAGG